UCGAGUGAAACGCGUCACAAUUACCUCGUCUUGAACAUUCGCAAUAUCUCUGCAAAUAUGCCGCCCAAGUCAACGAGAGCCAAGAAUAAGCGUCCCCUCGAGGAGGGAGACGACAAUGCGCGUCAGUCCAGGUCUAAGACCGCAAAGACUACCGAGACAUCCGGCGAUCAACCUCCCGACGACAAUGGUGAGGGCGCUCAGACUCAACAGCCCUCCCGGGUGCGCCGCAUCGCGAGGGGGCCCAAGGGAGAGAUUUUCUUGCCCGAAGUCAUGCCGCGAGAGUGCGCAAAGGUCAUCAAGGACAUCCCCAUGCCUGGAGGUUGGGUUCGUGGCAUUGAUGCUACCCCCGAUCGGAGUAUGACACUCACCUCUCGUGAGUGGUGGGAGGAGUUCGGACCUUGGUUGGAGGAACACAAGAAGAAGUUGAAGCUCUCUGCUGCCGACUGGAAGAAGAGGGAUGAGGCCCUGAAGAAAGAUCCUGAGCUUGUCCCCGAAGAUGAAGGGAAUGAUGAUUGGGAUUUUAUCUGUUGCUCUAAGCCCAACGUGGAAUCUCGACGAGACGAGUACGAAGGGGAGGAGGAAGACGAAGAUGAUGAUGAGGAUGAUGAUGAGGAGGAUGAUGAAGAGGAAGAAGAUGGCGGCGAGGGCAAUGAUAACGGCAAAGGCAAAGACAAAGGCAAGGGCAAGAAGGCCCCAGGGAAGAAGCCCAUUGACAAGCUUGCUUCUCUUCACCCUGAGUGGCCAUGGGUCUUCACUGUGCUUGGCAGGGACAGAGUUAGAUGGUGGAUUCAAGAGGCCACAAAGCGCGACCAGGAUAGCUUCGAGCUGCACUUCUACAACGACUUUACUUGGUAUGGUGCGCUCGAGGUCGUCGAGGCCAUUAUUUCAACUUUCGACGCCGCAUUCAAGCCCAAGGCGAGCUAUCGCGACUGGUGGCCCGAGGUCGAGGGUCUCAUCCUGGGUCUUUACAGCACCUUUCUCGAAUUUGAAAUGUGCGACGACGGUCAACGCACCAACAAGAUCAUCGAACUGAUCGGCUACAUGGUCGUCGCAGCCAUGGAAGCCCUCAAGAAGGAGGGAGUCUUCAAACCAGACUCGGAGAUCCGUAACCUCGGCCUCGUUCUCGCCAUGUUCAUCCAAUUCGGCCAUGGGGAGAUACAGUACGGGAUUGAUGAAGAGAACUGCUCAUGGGCAUACAAGCUCCUUGACAUGGCUGAUGAAGCGGGGAUUGAUCUCACCGGGCCACCUAGGUACGAAAAGGCUAUCAAGAAGAUUAUCGACGAGAGGGACCGCAAGGCCAAGGCCAUGAAGAAGUGGAACAAUGUGAACUGGGCCACCAAGCUGAGAGGUUACACCUCGAAACACGGCGGAAAGACCCAUUUUGGAGGUCACCAAUACGACAUUACUAGAAAAACCGCCGCUGAGAGAAAGAGGCAUUCAUUGGACGCUGGCGGAGGCUGGGACCUGAUGUAA